ACAGGUUGGCUAAUUUCCUGGAGCCCCUAAGGGUGCAAGAUUAGGACUUCUACGUCUGAGGGAGGAGGGCUGGGGUUCUGGACUCCUGGGUCUGAGGGAGGAGCGCCUGGAAAACUUGGACUUGUGGGUCUGAGUGCAUAGAAGAAAACGCUGAUGUUGCCUUCCCUCUCUGCUUCAGCUACCUAAAAGGGGAAGAACACCCUCAAAGCCCCGUAGGGCUGGACUCUACAUCAGCCGCCCUGCUUGGGGUUGGCGAUGCUGGAGGUGGGCUUUGGACCAGAGAAAAUGCUUUAAUUAGGUGACAAGCGGGCAGAGGCCUUUGUUUCUGGCGCCCGCAGCCACGGCCCCCGCUGACGGCAUGGGAAACAGAUCCUGUUCCACUCCGGUCUCCAGCAUUGGAAUGGUUGCCUCGGUGCAAUGCAGGAGGAUGCAGCCGGGGGCGGACGAUCGCUCCGCUCGCCGGGACCAGGUACCGGGGCCCUGCCCAGCCGCUGGGGCGUGGCCAGGCUCGACGCACCCAGGUGCCGGGGGCCGACUCUAAGCCCUGGCAUCAGAAGGGAGAGGGCGGCGGAUUGGACCUCCCGGCUGGAGCAUUGCAACUGGGAGCUCCGUCUCCGGGUCCACGCAAUGAUGCCGCGGCUGCUCUCAAGCCAGCCAUGUGGCCCCCGAGCCGGCGUCAGCUCUGCCUGGCCUUCCUGCUAGUCUGUGUCCUCUCUGCACUCUCCUUCUUCCUCCAUAUGCACCAAGACAGCUUUCCACAUGGCCUAGGCCUGUCGAUCCUGUGUCCAGACCGCCGCCUGGUGACACCCCCGGUGGCCAUCUUCUGCCUGCCGGGUACCCCGAUGGGCCCCAACACCUCCUCUUCCUGUCCCCAGAACUCUGCCUCCCUCUCCGGCACCUGGACUAUCUAUCCCGAUGGUCGGUUUGGUAAUCAGAUGGGACAGUAUGCCACGCUGCUGGCUCUGGCCCAGCUCAAUGGCCGCCGGGCCUUCAUCCUGCCUGCCAUGCAUGCCACCCUGGCGCCGGUCUUCCGCAUCACCCUGCCCGUGCUGGCCCCGGAAGUGGACAGCCGCACGCCGUGGCGGGAGCUGCAGCUUCACGACUGGAUGUCGGAGGAGUAUGCGGACUUGAGGGAUCCUUUCCUGAAGUUCUCUGGCUUCCCCUGCUCUUGGACUUUCUUCCACCAUCUCCGGGAACAGAUCCGCAGGGAGUUCACCCUGCACGACCACCUUCGGGAAGAGGCGCAGAGUGCGCUGGCUCAGCUCCGCCUGGGCCGCACGGGGGACCGCCCGCGCACCUUUGUGGGCGUCCACGUGCGCCGUGGGGACUAUCUGCAGGUUAUGCCUCAGCGCUGGAAGGGUGUGGUGGGCGACAGCGCCUACCUCCGGCAGGCCAUGGACUGGUUCCGGGCACGGCACGAAGCCCCCGUUUUUGUGGUUACCAGCAACGGCAUGGAGUGGUGUAAAGAAAACAUCGACACCUCCCAGGGCGAUGUGACGUUCGCUGGCGAUGGACAGGAGGCUACACCGUGGAAAGACUUUGCCCUGCUCACACAGUGCAAUCACACCAUUAUGACCAUUGGCACCUUCGGCUUCUGGGCUGCCUACCUGGCUGGCGGAGACACUGUCUACCUGGCCAACUUCACCCUGCCAGACUCUGAGUUCCUGAAGAUCUUUAAGCCAGAGGCUGCCUUCCUGCCCGAGUGGGUGGGCAUUAAUGCAGACUUGUCUCCACUCUGGAGCCUUGAGAGCCAGGGAGACUUUCUGAAAUAGCCUGAUCUUUCUAGAGCCAGUAGUACAUGGCUCUAGAGGCCUGGCAUCUUCUGGAGAAGUCUGUGGUGUUCCUGAAGCAAAUGGGUAUCCGUUUCCAGAGCGAUUCUAGUUGGGAGAGUUGGAGAGAAGGGGGACCUUUCUGGAACUGUCCGAACAUUCUAGAACUAGCAAAACAUCUUUUCCUGAUGGCUGGCAGGCAGUUCUAGAAGCCACAGUGCCCACCUGCUCUUCCCAGCCCGUAUCUACAGUACUUCCAGAUGGCUGCCCCCAGGAAUAGGGAACUCUCCCUCUGGUCUAUUCUAGAAGAGGGGUUACUUCUCCCUUGGGUCCUCCAAAGACUGAAGGAAAAUAUGAUUGGUCCAGAGCAAGCAUUCACCAAGUCCCCUUCUGUGUUUCUGGAGUGAUUCUAGAGGGAGACUUCUUCUAGAGAGGGCCACAUUUGAUGCCUGUGAAGAACCCUGCAGGGCCCUUAGAGACAGGAUGGGGUUCUGGAAAUCCAGAUAACUAAGGUGAAGAAUCUUUUUAGUUUUUAUUUUUGGAGACAGGGUCUCGCCCUGUUGCCCAGGUUGGAAUGCAGUGGCGUGAUCUUGGCUCACUGCAACCUCCGCCUUCUGGGUUCAAGCGAA